ACUAUCAUGAACUGGUUUUCAGAGUUACAACUUGGAUGUGAAAUCCUUGUGCUAGCCCGACUUAGAGAAGACUUUGAUGUGCAAGUUGCAACGGCCCAGUAACCUACCUGCAAGAGGCUUCGGAGUCACUGUUUUCCUUUGCAAAAACAACAAGGAAGGUGUUGGAACUUCCUGUUUGAAUCAACAACUUCGAAUUCUUAGCAUGGAAAAUUCAGAGAAGACAGAAUUGGUUCUCCUUGCUUGUGGUUCCUUUAACCCUAUCACCAACAUGCACCUCAGGCUGUUUGAGCUGGCCAAGGACUACAUGAAUGGAACAGGAAAAUACAGGGUCAUCAAAGGCAUCAUUUCUCCGGUGAAUGACGCCUACAGGAAGAAAGGGCUCAUCUCUGCCCAUCACCGAGUCAUCAUGGCAGAACUGGCCACCAAGAAUUCACAGUGGCUAGAAGUCGACACAUGGGAGAGUCUUCAGAAGGAGUGGACAGAGACUGCUACGGUGCUGAGACACCAUCAAGAGAAACUGGAGGCCGGUCGCCACGAUGCCCCGCAGGACUCACCUGUGCUGGAAAGACCUGGACGGAAGAGGAAACGGGCUGAACAAAGACAAGACUUCAGUCAGAAGAAGUCUGUAGAGAAAAAAACAGCAGGUGUGCCAAAGGUGAAGCUGCUCUGCGGGGCAGACCUACUGGAGUCCUUCAGUGUCCCCAAUCUGUGGAAGGGCGAGGAUGUCGCCCAGAUCCUGGGACACUAUGGGCUUGUGUGCAUCACUCGCACUGGGAAUGACGCCCAGAAAUUCAUCUACGAGUCUGACCUGCUGUGGCAGCACCAGGACAACAUCCACCUGGUGCACGAGUGGAUCACCAACGACAUCUCGUCCACGAAGAUCAGGCAAGCUCUCCGACGGGGCCAGAGCAUCCGCUACCUGGUGCCAGACCUGGUCCUGGAAUACAUCGAGAAGCACCAGCUGUACAGCUCCGAGAGUGAGGAGAGGAAUGCCGGGGUCACACUGGCUCCGCUGCGGAAGAACACGGCACAGCUGAGCCUGUAAGGGACCAGGCUUCCUGGGCGUCCACACAGCUUGGGCACUGACAGCGGAGAAAGGCUCUGUGACUCUCCCAGAAAUGAAGGCUUAUAAGCUGGGGACAGUCAGCAGUAAAUUAAAAUCAGGGUCUGUUUUCUUUUCUUUUCUUUUUUUUUUUUUU